UGCAGUACCAUCCUCUUGUAGUUUCUGCCCUACGGGGUGUGUAAGCCGCUCCGCGGGCCCCUACUCGGGGAGAGCCACUGCGUGGAGCCUAGCUCCUCUACGAGGAGACCAGUCGGGGGCUUACUCUCUUGUUCUCUCGGUCAAUUCCUCGUUAGAGGAAGAAGGCCCCCACGGCUAGUGGCCCCCGGAGGGCCAGCGGAGCGGCUUACUACCCCCGGAGGGAGGCACUCGCCCAUGAACCCUCUCUUCCCUUCCUUUAUCAUCCCACAUUCUAAUCCAUGACUGAUCCUCCACCGUUAUCAAUCUCGUAAAUUAUUUUUUGCCCUUUCCCCUUUGGUUGCCAAAUUUUCUCAUUUCGCGGUUCUCCCAAAAAACGGUUCAUUCUGCGCACACGUGACCCGUCGUCUACCCAAAAGAAGAAAAUGAAAACAUUUAAAAAUCAACAAGACUGUACACAAAAGAGAACAAAGUCUUAAAGUUGAGACAACAUUCUUGGAGAGAAUAUUUACCACAAGUUUCACCAACAGUAGCCAACCAUCCAUUCCUUACAAGCACUGACCUACAGCACUGUCCACGCCACUGUCCACGCUCCCACUCUACCCCUACUGACACUCCCAGAUCUAUGUCUAUAAAUGGUGUAAUAAAUACAAAACCUUUGGGGAUCUCUUCACAGGCAAAUCAAAUGCAAAGCAAUAACAUUAAUAAUAAUAAGAACAAGAGAAAAUCCAUGGGGUUGGGCAUUCGAAGUGGUACCAACGAGAAUCAUAAUUGCGAAAUGGGGGUGCAAACACCCCCUAAAUCUACCAAAAUGAAUGUCGCGGAGUUUCCAGAAAUUGACCCUUCCCCCCUUAAUAAUCAAAACAAAUUAAUUGAACAAUAUCUUCAAUUGGAACGAACAUACACGGAUUUGUUACUCCGCAACAACCAUCUAGCCAAUGAGAAGCAACUCCUUGAGAACGAUCUCAAUGUUAAGGGAUUAACAAUCCUUCAACAAUCAGAAAAAUGUGAUAAUUAUGAAAUUGUGUUGCAAAACUUGAAAAAUGAAUAUCAUCAAAAUCAAGAAUUAUAUGAAAAGGAGAUUUUCUACUACAAGGAAUUAGUUGAAGAAUUACAAGAAAAGGUGGCAAAAGUGAAACAAGGAGAAAAUAAAGAAAAUAGUGCGGAAGUUGAAGUUGACGAUCCCUCGAUUAGUAUUGAUGGGGAAAGUUAUAAUAAACUCUUGAAGGAGUAUCGCGUUUUACAAAGUAAUUUUGAAUUGGAACAAAACUCCAAAUUGGUGUUGAUGGAUCAAAUUGAAUUUUUAAUGCGAGAGAGAGAGAGAGAAUUGGAAGAGGAGAACGAAGAGAACGUUCUAGAAGAGUUGGACGGGGCAGGUGCCGUGAUUGAUGAGUUUCUUGAACAUUCUUCAAACUCUAUAGAUGUGGAGAAUACAACCUAUCAUAUGAUUAAUGAAUUGGAGAAUGAUACCAGUGAUGAGAGUGAACAGGAGGAGUAUGAAGAGGAAGGAGAGUCUAAUAAUUUACAAGGAGAUUCAUGCCUUCUUAUCUCAUCUUCUCCAUUAAAAUCUCAUCAAUCAAGACUACCAAGCUUGGAAACAACCACAAACUUCCAAUUCCCAGCGUCUCCACAUAAAGAAGAAGAAUUGAAAAGAUCUUCACUUCCUUCAAAGUUGAAAACUCAUACAUCUCCACAUCUUGAACAAGAUGACUUUGUACUUUCACCAUUGAAAUUGACGAGUCAUUAUCAGGGCUAUUUUGAAGGAGACAAUGAUCCCGCUAAUUCUUAUUCCUCUUCAAACAUUCCUGCAGUGAAAAGAUACUCUUCAUCUAAACCAACUCAUUCAAGAUACAAUUCACAUGACAUAUUCCCAAUCAAGGUUGAAUUUGAACCCACAUCCACCACCACACCAGCCCCCUUACGUAGUACAUCAGUGCCGGAAAAAUUCUAUAAGAAUUCCGUACGGAACUCUGCCUUUGUAGCGUUGAAUGGAGGAAGUCCCAAUUACCCCGAUACCUCGAUCAAUUCAUCAAUGGAAUCACUGUCUAAAAGAUCAUCACUCAUCAUGGACCAAUCGAUGCUUACCAAUGAUAUGACCAAGCAAGAAAUCAUGAAACUUAAGUUUGAAUUACAAUCUUUAAAAUUACAUAAUGAGAAAUUGUUGUCAUACAUUGGAUUUGAAUUACAGAAACAAAAGAAAAACAUCAAGAAACUUUCUCAUAAACAAUCUAUGGAUAGUUUAAGAAACAAGAAAAUGGAGUACUCGGACGCCAAGCUCAUUGAGAAGAGUAAAGAAAUGCUUAUUCAUAAGAAGAGGGUGUUACGAAGUGUUUCCAUCAAUGCGAUCAUGCGGGGAAACAACCCACAUCCUCAUACUCAUCCUCAUCCUCACCCCACCACCACUGUAGGAGGAAGUCGUAGAAGCUCUGGAAUCAUGAGUAAAGGACUUAUCAAUGGGUUCCCGUUUGUGUUUGGAGAGGAAGACGAAGACGAAGACGUUUAUGGAUUCCUCAACCAUCAAUCGAAGUUCAAUUCAAGGUUGUUUUCGAAUGGGAUGGACGAAUACUACGACAUUGACGAGAUGAGCGACGAGGACCAGAUUGGCCAUAAGAAGUACAAAUCACAAAUAUUCAAGCAUACCGUCUAUGAUCUGGACGAGGACGAUGACGACGACGACGAUGAGGGCGAGGACGCCGACUUGGACCAAGAAGGAGAGGGGGACAUCACUUCUAUGUGGCUGGAAGAAGAAGAAGCUCAGAAUGGGAUGUUCAAACAAAUCAAAAAUCUCUUUACUGGGAACUACAACGACACCACCAAGUCCAAAAAGGCCGAGGAAUUGCAAGAUGAAACGCUAAAGUACAAGUUUUUCUCCUUGGCGAUUGGGAUCAUGAUCAUUGGGAUCAGGUUCUCGCACCACCAAUCACAGAACUGAGCUGCUGCUGCUGCUGUGCAGUUCCCACCCCUUGAAUGAGACAUACGCAUAUUUCUAAAUAGAUACAAACACAAUAAAAAGUAUUAAAUAAGAGGGCGGGGAGUGUAGA